AUAAUUUUUAUUUUGUAACCGAAACAAAAAUAUUUUGAAAAUUAGGGUUUAAUUAUCAUCUCGCCCUCGCCCUCGCUCUCGCUCUCGCCCUUAUCAAAUUUCAAUUUUUGUUGCCCACCCCUCACAAUUCACAACUUCAACUCACCACUGGAAUUCUCCUUCUUCAAUUGCCAAACAGGAAACUCUAUUGUUAGUGGCAGGCUUAGAAGUGGAGAUGAGUGAUACCAAGGAGAAUGAGAAUGAGGAGAGAGGAAAUGAAGAUGUGGUAGUGGCGGUUGCUUCUGACAAUGAAGGGAGGUUGCAGUCCAAUCCCAAUCCCAAUGCACAAGUUGAUGAACAUGAAUCCCACAAGGCUGAGUCUCCUUAUCAUUCUGUGCCAGUGGAAGGUCCUGCUCAAAAUGGGACUCCUCCAUCAACUGAGAUCAAGGCUGCAUCCCCUGUUGAUGAUAAUAAGAUUAUUGAAUCUCAAUCCAAUAAUCCAGACCAACCAGCUCAUGAUUUUCCUCCCUCCCAAGUCCCUUUAAGUGAUCACCAAGAUUUAGUCAAGCCUGAACCCAAUACUCAUCCCAAUUCUGAUGUCAAGAUUGAAGACGAUGACUUGCCUCAGAAGAUUAAUUCAGGCGGUCAUCGCAACAAUGACAACAAGACUAUUUCCACAUGCCAUCUUGCAACUGCUGAACCAGCUGUUGCAAUUGCCAAAACUGAACAUUGUCAAUUAGUGCCUGAGGCUAAAAUUGCUCUCUAUUCUGACACCCUACCUACAACUUCAACUCAUAAUGAACCUGCUACACCAUGUGCUCAACCUUCUGAUAUAAAAUCUCAAAUUUUCAAUGGGAUAGAAUCUGAUGAUAAGGGGAAUGUAAAUAAUGGGAACUCAAACUCAAAGCACUCGUGUCCUUUGGAUGAUGACCAUAUGUCUCAAGGUACUGAAUCCGGGACAGAAGGAGAGCAAUCUGCUUUCAUGAAGGAGCUUGAAAAUUUCUUUAGAGAGAGAAGCAUGGAAUUCAAACCUCCUAAGUUUUAUGGGGAGACUCUGAAUUGCCUUAAGUUGUGGAGAGCUGUGUGUAGAUUGGGUGGCUAUGAUAAGGUGACUUCUUGUAAGUUGUGGCGGCAAGUGGGAGAGUCUUUCAAACCCCCAAAGACAUGUACUACAGUUUCGUGGACAUUCCGAGGCUUUUAUGAGAAGGCUCUCCUUGAUUAUGAAAGGCAUAAAGCACUUGGUGGUGAGCUUAAUGUACCUAUUGCUUCUCACUCAGAGCCUUCAAAUAUUGAAAAUCAGGCUUCAGGAUCGGGUAGAGCACGCAGGGAUGCUGCAGCACGUGCUAUGCAGGGUUGGCACUCACAACGCCUUCUUGGAAAUGGUGAAGUUAGUGACCCUAUUAUUAAGGAUAAGAAUUCUAUUUCUAUGCAAAAGCGUGAAAAACAGCUUAAGAGCAUUGGUUUACUUAAACGUAAGAAACCAUCUUAUAUGGAACAUACAGUCAAAACUGCUCGUACAAAAGCAUCUAAGCCACAAUUGGACACACCAGUGGUUGAUAUUGGGGCACCGGCUGAUUGGGUGAAGAUCAAUGUGCAGAAAACUAAAGAUUGUUUCGAGGUUUAUGCUUUAGUUCCAGGUCUUCUCAGAGAGGAGGUGCGUGUUCAAUCAGAUCCUGCAGGCCGCCUUGUUAUAAGUGGUGAACCUGAGCAUACUGAUAAUCCGUGGGGUGUCACACCCUUCAAAAAGGUUGUCAGCUUACCCUCUAGAAUUGACCCACAUCAGACAUCAGCUGUGGUUACCCUGCACGGACAGUUGUUUGUUCGUGUCCCGUUUGAAGAGUCAGAAUAGUGUUGUUUGAGGCUGCUUACACCCAUCCCCAUUAGUUAAGUAAUUGUAAGGAUGGGUGUGAAGCCAUUUAGUGGAAUUUAUAUCUCUCUACCAUGCAUAAAUGCCAAGUUCCUCUUGUUAAGUCCAAUGCCUGAACUUCUGUAUUUCAUUUUUAAUUAUUAGUACAGUUUGACAAUGAUGAUUUAAUUCAAUUCAAUUCAAUUAAUUUUAUUUCUCUUGUGUUUUGUUAA